AUGGAGACUCAACAAUCUGUGAUUUUCAAUCUCAUCGCGCAAAUGGACGGCAUGGUCAACAUUGGACUGGCCAAAGACUCCAAAGAGAUCGCGGCGGCGAGUAAGCGCGAUAGCUCCGCCAUGAAGAUUGUCGCGGUGCUCACGACGGCUUUCCUACCUGGCACAUUCAUGGCGACAUUCUUUGCAAUGCCCCUCUUUAACUGGUCCGAAACCUCAAUUAACAACGUCGCUAACAAGCAUUUCUGGAUCUACUGGGCCGUCACCGGUCCUCUCACGGUUGCUGUUGUUGCAGGGGUCGCUUCGUGGGCGUUCUUGCAGAGACGCCGUGCUGAACGUGUGGCGCAGCUCGCCAGGAGGGGUACGGGGAUUGGAUUUGCAAGCGAUGACGAGAUGGAAGGUACGGGUGCCGCCUUGACCAAAAGGCGUGGUAGGGGUUGGUUCGGGAUACGCUGA